ACGCUAAGCGAUGGUCAUGCGCCACUUGAGCUGAAAAGCUUAUUAGAAUAAGCUCGUGCCGGCUUUCCGUUCGUCCCCAUGUAGAGGUUGCGUACUCAGAUACCCGUUCAUCCGUUUGCAGUAUAUAGAUACCAAGCCACCCAACUUCUGUUAGACCUGCAACUUUCAAACCUACUACGUUAUAUCAGUCAUCUCACAUUGAACCGAAACCCCCACAAACCCUUACAGCUGUAUCAGAGUACAACCCAGGAUGCCACUCAACUCUUUCAAAAGUGCCAUUGGGCACGUCGAGAAUGCUUUGUUCAUGAUGAAGGGGAGGCGAGACGACGAUCGGGAUGAUGGCAUGGCAUAUGGCAAUUCUUAUCCUCAAUACAACAACUCCGCGCCGAUCCCACCUCAGCAACCUCUACCACAGCAAAACUACGGCCAGCCUCCCUACUCUCCACCAAACGGCUGGUCUCAGCACUGGGACCAGGGUUCUCAACGCUACUACUACAUUGAGCAAGCUACUGGGCGCUCACAGUGGGAGCCACCAGCGCAUCAAUUCAACCAGCCACCAAGGCCGACAUCGUCCCACUACCAGCGUAGUUCGGGCGAUCAUACACGAGGUUACGGAUCUGGCGAGCACAACAGGCAAAGUCUACGGCCCCACAGCAAUUCAAAUGCUUCGCAGAUGUCAAGGAAUGGCAGCCCGCUGCCAAGGGCACUGUCUAUUCCACUGGGAUACUCGCUCGAUACGAAGACGGGGCAACUUGUCAACACUAUGCUACCACCAACGGGACAUCACAGUGCACCUGUCAAAUACUGGUAGAUGAUGGGCUGAAGCAAAUUCUCAUCAACACAACAAAAACACGCGAUACGACGAUAUGCUAUUACGGCCUCAUGCACAUCGCACCGUCACACAAGCAACGACAAGUCCUGGGAUGGAGGAUCAAGGAUGAGGCUCGUACGGCAGGCA